CCGACCUAUCUCGCUACUCGACUGGAAAGCAGGCAUCUCGUCCGACACGCUGCGCAAUUUACAUGGCGACUUACUUCUUCGCGUCACCGGUGGACGUCGACGUGAGACUGGAGGGGGAGGAUAUUAGGAAGAAAGUGGAUGUCAAGGGCGAGAAGGACCGCAUCGUCUCGUGCCCUGUGUACUACGACGGAGACGCCGUCACAGGCCAGGUCACAGUUAGAGUGCGUGACGGCAAGAAGAUAGUGCACGACGGGAUUAAGGUCGAGUUUGUGGGGAAUAUCGAGUUGUUCUAUGAUCGGGGCCAUCACCAGGAGUUUCUUUCGCUUUCGCAGGAGCUCGCGGCGCCGGGCGAGCUGCGCCAAGCCCAGACGUUCGACUUUUUGUUCAAGAAUGUCGAGAAACAGUAUGAGAGCUACCAGGGAAUCAACGUCAAGCUGCGGUACUUUGUGCGGGUCACAAUAUCGCGGAGGAUGGCCGACGUCACGAAGGACAAGGACAUAUGGGUCCAUUCCUUCCGCAUGCCUCCAGAUAGCAAUAAUUCCAUCAAAAUGGAGGUUGGGAUCGAAGACUGCCUGCACAUCGAGUUCGAGUACAACAAGUCCAAAUAUCACUUGAAGGACGUCAUCGUCGGCAAGAUCUACUUUCUGCUCGUCCGCAUAAAGAUCAAGCACAUGGAGCUGUCGAUCAUACGGAGGGAGACGACGGGCUCGCCGCCGAAUCAAUACAACGAGAGCGAGACCAUCACCAAAUUUGAGAUCAUGGACGGCGCACCCGUGCGAGGAGAGACGAUUCCGAUCCGGUUGUUCCUCGGCGGAUUCGACCUCACGCCGACGUUCCGUGAUGUCAACAAGAAGUUCAGCACGCGGUACUACCUGAACCUCGUCCUCGUCGACGAAGAGAAUCGACGCUACUUCAAACAGCAGGAAAUCACCAUCUUCAGGAUACCAGAGAAUUGAUCUUGCAUUGUCGUCUCCCUCUCUUGUCUUUGACCUUUGUACUUACUAUACAUACGUAUUUUAUUCAGACUACGUUAUAUGC